UUCCUCACAAGGACUACAAGCAGUCAGCAGCGAUUGUUUUGGGCAAACUAAACAGUGCGGCUGCUGGAGCGGUAUUAUACACCUGACAACCCGUCAAGGAGGUGAUGUUUCGGGGACAGGACUUCAGUCCGUCUGUGGAACUGAUGAUGUAAGGGCAGAACCGGGAGCCGUUGGGACUACUGCACGAGGCAGACAGACUCGGCGUGAAUACAAAAGGAACCGCCGAGAAGAAGAGACGAUGGUUAGGAGGAGGAGGAGGAGCGGGUUUCACAUCUUCACCUGAAUUUUAGUUUUCUAAAAUCACCAUUAAGUUUGAAACAGGAUUAUGAAAGAAAACUCCUUACCAUGUCGGAUCCAAGUCACUGGUCUGCGGUGCCGAACCAAAACAAGUCCCAUUUUGUUCCAGGAGCCUUGCUGAAGCGCUCAAAGAGCUGUCGCAGCAACAACAGGAAAAGCCUCGGUGUUGGGACGCCGUCGCCCACGCUGUCCCGGCCACUCUCCCCGCUCUCGCUCCACACCGCCGCGAGCAGCCCUCUGGACAGCCCUCGAAAUGUGUCGACCGGUACCUGCCUUAACUUUCCUUUUGCUCGAAGUCACUUGGCUCGCGCUGACAGAGCUGAGGGCCGGCGAUGGUCUCUGGCAUCUCUCCCUUCAUCUGGCUAUGGAACCAAUCCACCAAGUUCAACUGUCUCUUCCUCCUCAUCCUCCCAGGAGCGUCUUCACCAACUUCCCUACCAGCCAACACAAGAUGAGCUGCACUUCCUUUUUAAGCACUUCCGCAGCACGGACAGCAUGACAGACGAGGAUGGACGACCCACACCGGUCAUACGACCCCGAUCGCGGAGCCUCAGCCCGGGGCGAUCAAGUGUGUCCGUGGAUAAUGAGAUAGUCAUGAUGAACCAUGUGUACAGAGAACGUUUUCCAAAGGCCACAGCCCAGAUGGAGGAGCGCUUGUUGGAGAUCGUCACCCACUGCUCUUCAGACAGCUCCCUCCCGUUGGCCGAUGGGGUGCUUGGCUUCAUCCAGCACCAGUUGGUAGAGCUGGUCCGAGACUGUCUGGACAAGUCUCAGAAAGGCCUGGUUACUUCCCGCUAUUUUGCUGAGCUGCAGGAGAAGCUGGAAAAGCUUCUUCAUGAGGCCUAUGAACGCUCUGAAAGCGAGGAGGUAACCAUCAUCAUCCAGCUGGUGCGGAAGAUCCUCAUCAUAAUCUCUCGGCCGGCUCGUCUCCUUGAAUGUCUGGAGUUUGACCCAGAGGAGUUUUAUCACCUACUUGAGGCAGCAGAGGGUCAUGCUAAAGUGGGCCAGGGGAUCAAGACAGAUAUCCCGCGGUACAUCAUCAGCCAGCUGGGUCUGACUCGAGACCUGCUAGAAGACAUGGUACAGCUUGAACAGUAUGAUGCCAGUCCUUCAGUGACAGUGGAACCAGAUGCUCCUGCAGAGAACAAAGCCCCGCAGACACUCACUCCGACUAGAAGAAAACCUCUUGAGAGUGACUUUGAGACCAUCAAGCUCAUCAGUAAUGGUGCUUAUGGGGCUGUGUAUCUAGUACGUCACAAGGAGACCCGCCAACGUUUUGCCAUGAAGAAGAUAAAUCGUCAGAAUCUGGUGCUGAGAAACCAGAUCCAGCAGGUGUUUGUGGAGAGGGACAUUCUAACCUUCGCUGAGAACCCUUUUGUUGUUUCCAUGUUCUGCUCCUUUGAGACACGACGUCACCUCUGCAUGGUCAUGGAGUAUGUGGAAGGUGGAGAUUGUGCCAACUUACUGAAGAACAUGGGCCCGCUGCCUGUAGAAAUGUCAAGGAUGUACUUUGCUGAAACAGUCCUGGCAUUGGAAUACCUACACAACUACGGCAUUGUGCAUCGUGAUCUUAAACCUGACAAUUUGUUGAUCACAUCUAUGGGCCACAUCAAGUUGACAGACUUUGGUCUGUCGAAAAUUGGAUUAAUGAACAUGACCACCAACCUUUAUGAGGGUCACAUGGAGAAAGACACAAGAGAGUUUGUUGACAAACAGGUGUGUGGCACUCCAGAAUACAUUGCCCCAGAGGUGAUCCUCAGACAGGGUUAUGGAAAGCCAGUGGACUGGUGGGCCAUGGGAAUUAUCCUCUACGAGUUCCUUGUGGGCUGUGUCCCAUUUUUUGGAGACACCCCUGAAGAGCUUUUUGGACAAGUUGUCAGUGAUGAAAUCAUUUGGCCAGAAGGAGAUGAUGCCUUGCCUGCUGAUGCCCAGGACCUGAUCACACGUCUGCUGAGACAGAGCCCUUUAGACCGACUGGGAACAGGUGGAGCCUCUGAGGUGAAGCAACACCCCUUCUUCCUGGGUUUAGACUGGAAUGGACUCCUCCGGCAAAAAGCUGAGUUCAUUCCUCAACUGGAGGCAGAGGAUGACACAAGCUACUUUGACACUCGUUCAGAACGCUACCAUCAUUUGGCAUCUGAUGAAGAUGAGGAAACCAAUGAUGAGGAGUCAUCUUUGGAAAUCAGGCAGUUUUCCUCCUGGUCACAUCGCUUCAGCAAGGUUUACAGCAGCACAGAACAUCUGGCAACACCAUCCAACCUGAGCUUCUCUUCAGACCGAAGCCACAGUGAAGAUAAAGAGGACCGCGGGGAUGUGGGAGGACUCGGCCCUUCCCCAAGCCCAUCAGAUUGCAGUGUAGAAAACAGACAUUCUGGGCGUAUGGCCAGCCUUCGCCCUCGGGCCUCCUCCAGCUCAUCCCAGUCUGAGAGGAGCACCAGUCCUCUGGUGAUGAGCAGCACUCACAGCCUGGAGACAAUGCCCCGCUUCGCCCUCUCCACUGAUGAUGAGGCUGAAGUGGUGGUGUCAAACCUUCGGAGGAUCAGGAUUCGCAGCAACAGCACUGGAGCCAAACACUCAUCACCUAAGGAACCAACAGGCCCUCGACGCUUCGGUAAUCAGCUGGAGACACCUGACAGACAGCGACUGCCCUGUGCAGGAAAGGUUCCCAAGUCAGCCUCUGUCUCAGCCCUGUCCCUCAUCAUCACUCCAGAUGACUCACCCAGUGGUCUCCAACCCAGUCCCAUCUCCCCACGCUCGCUGUCUUCCAACCCCUCAUCUCGUGACUCGUCCCCUAACAGGGACCUGUCAUUCAGCCCUGGUAGCCUAAAGCCACCAAUUGUCAUCCACACUUCAGGGAAGAAGUAUGGCUUCACCGUUCAGGCCAUCCGGGUAUACAUGGGUGACAGCGAUGUCUAUACUGUUCAUCACAUGGUGUCGAGUGUGGAGGAGGGCAGCCCGGCUCACCAGGCAGGUCUCCGCACUGGAGACCUUAUCACCCACGUGAACGGAGAAUCUGUUCAAGGCCUGGUACACCCAGAGAUGAUAGAAGUGCUACUGAAGAGCGGGAACAAGGUGGCUCUUCAAACCAUAGCGCUUGAGAACACGUCAAUCAAAGUCGGUCCAGCACGGAAGAGCAAACACAAAGGAAAGAUGGCUCGUCGCAGCAAAAAAAGCAAGAAGAGAGAUAAUUAUGACAGGCGACGGAGCAUCUUGAAGAAAUUGUCCAAGCAAAGCACAGUCAUGCACAGCAGUCGCAGCUUCUCCUCAGGUCUUCAUCACUCUGUUUCUUCCAGUGAGAGCCUCCCGGGCUCCCCAACACACAGCCUGUCCCCUGGCCCCUCCACACCUUGCCGGAGCCCUGCACCUGACCAUCAGGGUUGUGAAAACAACUCUCCUCAGAGCACAUCUCCUUGCUCCAGCUCUCCCAGUUCCCCAGCUGCACACAUCCGACCCAACUCGCUCCAUGGCCUGGGCUCCAAACUCAAUACACAACGCUACACUAAGGUGGGCCGUCGGAAAUCGACUAGUAACAUCCCCCCCUCUCCUUUGGCCUGCAAUUCCUCCUCAUCCACGAACCAGCCGCUUUCUCCUCAGCGCUCACCCUCCCCACUGCCAGGGUUUGCCAAAUCCCUUCACACUUAUCAUGGCAAAACCCUAUCACCCCCCACCAUAGUGAGACACAUUGUCCGUCCCCGCAGUGCAGAGCCACCUCGGUCACCUUUGCUCAAGAGGGUGCAGUCAGCUGAGAAGCUGUCUGGAGUGUAUCAUAGUGAGAAGAAGUCUUAUGCCCCCCGCAGGCACACACUGGAAGUGCCUUUUUAUGGUGAGGUUGACCUACUGGGUGACACUGAGUUAGAAGGUGCCUGCGGAGGCUUUUAUAUCAGUGCUGACCACAGCAGACUUGGAGGCUACAUGAGCAGCCAAAGGAUGCGGGAAUCUGGGAUAGACAGAUCAGAGCAGCUGGUUGUGAUGCGGAAGCUCAACCUGUCGGAGCGGCGAGACUCCUUCAAAAAGCAAGAGGCUGUUCAGGAGGUGAGCUUUGAUGAACCAGAUGAGAAAACCAGCAGCACUGUGACGGGUACCAUCACAGCUCCCCAGCCUCAGCAGCACAGAACGGCCUGGGUGGUCACUCAGCCCCAGAGCGGGGAGGAGAUGGAACUGGAAGUGCCAGUGGUGAGGAGGUUCACAUUGGUGCCUCAGAUCGCUGUUCAAGGUUCAACAGAGAGCGAAGAGCAAGAUGAGUGGGAGCCAUGCUCAGAUGGAGAGGAUACCAACGAAAACCCAGAGUUGGAGAUUUCUUCAUCCCAGCAGGAUAAAACAGGUCCUCCUUUUUCUGAGAGCAGUAAGGCAGCAGGAACCACUUCCACUGGACAUCAAGGCCCACCAGCAUCAGAGAAGACUGAGUGCAGAGAGGAAAUUGCUCAAAAAGGACAUACAAGAAAGUGAAAGCUCAUUACUGCACUCAUUUCAAUUGUUAAUCUCUAAUAUAAGAAAUAAUAUGAAGCUGAGUUGUUUCCAGUCUGACCCAGUGGAAUUGCAAUUUGUAAGCAUAUGUACAAACUUGUCUGGCUAAAAGGGUGGAAGAAAGUUUUACUUGAAUUUUGUAUUGUAAAUAUUUGCCUUCAGGCAUUUCAGACUUUCUGGUCAUAUUUAUUAUAUUUGUAAAGUAUGAGGAGCUCAUCAAGACACAGGUUUUCAUUGUUGGAAUAGCCAAGGCUCAACUUUUUGUAUCCAUAAAAUGUAGUUUUAUGUCUUUUGAAUGCAUUUUUUUUUUCUAAAAAUGUCUAUUUUUAAUUAAUGUUGGAGGCACAGAUAAUGCUGGGUUGCUGUAGGACCAAAAGUAGUGAGAAGUUAAUGUAGAAGUUAAGAUUUUUUUUCCCUCAGUAUCAUAGAUUUGAAUAGCAUAGCUUUAGUAGAAGUAUUGUUAAUCAAUCAAAAGACUCAAACCAACCCUUGAGUUCUCACAGUGCAGAAUAUGAUUGAUUUUGUUAUUUUCUGGUCAUUUUUUUGUCCCACUCUAAAAGUUUUUUAAGCUACCAAUACAUGUAUUGUAGAUGUCCUCUGUUACUUUGCUUCCACCCCUUCUUAUAUCUAUCACCCGGAAUAUAUAAGACACAACUGACUUCUUGUUCUUAUUUUUUGCUGCAUGAAUUCACGGUUACUUUGUUAUUGUUUCACAUGGAGCCAGUCAGUUCAGGGCAAUGUUGCAGAUCACACCAAGACACCACCCGGCUGUGACUUUGAAGUACGAUCUGUUAUGAGGACUUGAUGAAGCUGCCUUGAAGGGAAUGAUUUGCCAUGACACCCAAGCAGCAUCCUCUUAAGCCAUAUCUUUGCUCUCAACUGUCAGUGUAAAUGUGCUCAACAUACAAAGUUUUUUUUAAGCAUUUCUUCACUGCUAGUGUUAUCUUGACAACACUCUAUGAAGCCUAUCAUUAAGCUCUGGAUUUUGCUACUUUUUGAGGUGAUUUGCCUCAUGCUGAAGCAACUUGUUUCACUCACAUUGAGCAGUCAGACUGAGGUGUGCUUUUUUUUUUUUUUUUUUUAUCAAAGCCUGAAGGGAACCACAGGGUUGUCUUUUUCUUGUUUAAGGCAUUUUGGAAUUUUUCUUUGGCCUUUGAAAGUGUUUCAUUCUUGAAUAUUUUAAGUGUGUUUCCCAUAAAGUGUUUGUAUUCAUUUUACUCAACAAUGAAGUGAGGCACACCAUGUUUUGAUGACCUGUUCCUACCUUCUUUACUGUGUAGUCAUGUUUACAUCAGAGGAAAGUGCACUAUUUUGAGACACAUUUUGUAACUAGUAUUGAAAGAUCAACUGGAAACAGCAGAGGGAUGCAUUGAUAGUGAAUCCAAAUCCAGGGCUUCUUUGAACAAAUAUUUUUGGUCUUUGUUUUGUACAAAUGUUCAUGUAUAUUUUGGUAUCAGUGCUGUGCAUAAAUCCAAGUAUGUUGGGGAAUGUAAUGCUGUACAAUGACAUUUUGUGAAACCUGAAUUUAUUUUUAUGAUGUGGGUCAUUUUUUGUUUUGCUUUCCUUUUUUUUUCUUCUUUUUUUGGUACCACUAUAUCAGGAUUCAGAUUAGUAUUUCACAUUGACACAAGUUUGAUAUACAUUGUUUUUGUUUUGUUUUUAAGGGUUUUUGUUUCUUAAAUUGUCAGCGCUUGUUCCUGACCUCUGUCUGAUGUCUUACUUAAACCACCUUUUUCUCCUCAGAGUCCUCAAAUCUCGUGAUGAUAACCUCUCAUCAUGCUGUUAAUGAAGUGGACAGAUAACCGAGUGGCUCAGUCAUUUCUGCAGUCUGACAGAAUUGUUUACAUUGAAAAACCAUGCGAUGUACUGUACAAACACUUUAUAUCAUGUGGCUCUAUAUGACAAAAAAACAAAAACUAUCCUUUCUGAUACUAUGGAAAAAUCUGUUCUUGUGGAAGUUGCAUCUGUUUUUGUUUUGAAGUAAUUGUUAGCGAAGAGUAUUUUAGCUCCAAGUUGAGUAGCGUUUUUGUAUGUUUACAUGCACAUAAGUAGCCAAAUCCUUGUUUAAUUAAAAACAGUUUUGUUUAAUCACAUGAAAUAAGGUAUUAUGGAAAGUUUGGUUCAAACUGCUUCUGCAAAAGCUUAAUUUCUUGAUCUUGUAAGCACUAAAAUUGGUUUUUCAUAAGGAUUUUAACUGGUGCACCUAUGUGACAGAAUUCUUAGAGAGAAAGUAAAACUGAACCUUAGUUUUAUUUGUAAGUAACCAUGUUUAAGUCAGACAAAUUUGCCAAACUGUCAGGUGUUAAAGCUACAGAACUUUACUGGAUCUCACUAAAUUUACCAAGUUCUAAAACAUGAAGGGGUGGUAAUUUUGAGAAAUCUCAUUAAAUGUUUCUUUAAUUAACUAGGGAUCUCAUGUGGAUGUAAACAUACUUUUGCACUGUGCUGAUCUCUGCCUGUUGAAGGUCGAGGUUAGUAUACAAAGUCAGCAGGUGUUCAACAUACUCUCAACAAACAAACUGGCAAGUCAAGCUGUUGUACAUGUGCACGUGUUCUACUGUGAACUCUUCUGUUCAGUGCAUGCUGCAUGAGACAAGCACACAGCUGUAAUACUUGACUGCAUGGUAUACCGGCGUUGUUGCCAUGUACUGUGUUUUCUCGUGCAAAGAAUAAACUUUGUAUUUCUCUUUGACUUAA